AGUAUUUAAUUGAAAAAAUGUGGUAUUCACAGAAGUGUACACGUCACAUUCAUGUCCUGAUUUGUAGCCCACUGUAGGUUCUCACACACACACACACACACACACAUCUGUGAGCAAUAAGCUUCCCACCCCCAACUAUUCCACCAGCAUCAACCUUCUGAAUGCGUGCGUAAAAGGCGAGUCUCCCAAAACCGGUCGGCUAGGCGGUGCACGCAAAGAUACGCACGCAUCCGCUCGCGCCGGUGGAUGAACUCCAGCGGGAUAAUGGAUGAACGCUCCGGGUAGACAGCGAGAGCGCACCGCGUGCGCCGAUCUCCAGACGUCAAUGCACUGGGAGCAAACACCCACCCACGACGCAGUGACUCACAGCUCGAAGUAGUCGAAUAAGCGAGCGUCGGUGCGGACGGGGAGAUUGCGCGUGUGCCGCCUCGCUCGUCCGCUACUUAAAGCCCCGCCGGCGGCUCUCUAUGGGAAGAGACGCGGGGAACUCGAGCCGCCACCCGGACUGAACGCUGAUCGCGGUAUGGACAGCACGCGGGCGACCUGCGCGCGCUGGUGCGCGUCCUCAUAGAGAGCGGCACAAGGAGUCCGACGCAGUCUGACCCGUUCCUCCUGAGUCCAGGCUGCUGACCAGCGGGAGAACCGUCCCACAGGAACCCCCCCCCCCAGAGAGAGAGAACCCCCCCCUCAGAGGAACCGCCCGACAGCCUAACGAGUCCUCCAAGGAAGGUCCGCAGCGGAGGACAUGGGUGAAGAGGCCGCCGCGAGAUGUCCCCUGCUGGUCCUCGUGCUGUCGGUCCUCCUCGUCAGCCCGGGGACAAGCUUUCCCACCGGGCACAAGAACGGUGUCCACAUGGCUCACGGCCUCUCUAUUUCCAAUGGUGGGAUCCAAUAUGUGCCUGAGGAUUCAGAGCAGCAGAACCAAGUCCGGAGUCUCCUGUCUGAGCCGCACAGCCACCAGAGGAGGUGGUCCCAUCCCCAGCACCACUCUGUAGGUGUUCUUCCACAGCCGGAGCCUGAGGAGGAGACUAAACCCUUCAUCCUAGACCUUAAGAACUUUCCAGAGCUGGCCAAUGCUGACAUACACCCGCAGAACCCCAACAUCCAGGUAACCAUUGAGGUGGUGGACGACCCUCAGAUGGAGGUAGAGAUAGACGUUGCCAAGGAAAAAGACUGGCUACCUUCUUCCUCCUCCUCACCUUCUUCCACGGUGGAUUGGCUCGGUGGCAAGACGCUUUUCUGGCCUCUGUUCUGGAGUUACACCGACAGCGAGUCCAGCGAGGACAGCAGCAACCGGUCAGGCGUGGGGGAAACUGGCGAGGAAGAGGAAGAGGAGGAUUACUCCCUGGAUUACGGUAGCGAAGAGCCGUUACCCAGCGGAGUGGGCGGAGACUGGGACACACGCUGGAACGAAGGCUGGGAUCCAAUGCAGAGCUACUAUGAGAAGGAGACAGAUGAGUGGACUCCCUGGUCUCCCUGUUCAGUGACAUGUGGAAACGGUGAGAAGAAGAGGACCAAGUCCUGUGGCUACUCCUGCACCCUGACCGAAGCCUCCAAGUGUGACCUGGAGCCUUGUCCUGGUGAAGUCAACACUGUGGUUGAGCCUUUCCCUUUUGAGAUGGAGAAUGGCACACAGCCAUUUGGUACAGAUGUGGACAGCUGUGAGAAGUGGCUGAACUGUAAGAGCGAGUUCCUCCAGCGGUACCUCCACCAGGUGCUGUCUGAGAUGCCCAGCUGCCCCUGCUCCUACCCUUCUGAAGCGGCGUACGCCGUGGUCAGCGUCCACGACGAGAGUCGCGGCCGACCGUUCAGCUGGCGCGAUGCCAGCGGCCCCAAGGAGCGACUGGACAUCUACAAGCCGUCGGCGCGGAGCUGCAUCCGCUCGGCACUUUCCAGCGACUCGUCGACCCUCGCCGCGCAGCAGUGCUGUUACGGCGACCGCGGUCGGCUGAUCACACGCGGGAAAGGCGCAGGGACGCCUAACCUGAUCAGCGUUGAGUUCUCCCCCGAGCUGCACUUUAAAGUCGAUGUGCUGCCUUGGAUUCUCUGCAAGGGCGACUGGAGUCGCUUCCAUGCUGUGCGCCCACCAAAUAAUGGAUUGAGCUGCCCGGAAAAUCCCCACGAAGACGUGUUCAUGAACGAACUGGAGGAGGCCAGGGAGUACUGAGGGACCACAGCCAAAACUACCACUUGACUCAGUCAAGGGGGCCAAUCCUAAUUUGAGAGGAGACGAUGAAAUGAAAUGGUACAUCUGAACCCGGCUGUGCAUCAGGCGUUAACCAAGCGCUGACAGAGAGAAAUGCACAUUUGUGGUUCGGAUGUUUGGGAGGUUUAGGUAGGGUAGUCGCGUGGCUGUCUCAAAUUAGGAUUUGUGUCCUGAUAUCAGGCUCACAUGAACUGAUGUAUAAGAAUGGAAAAUGCAGUGUUCUCCCAUCACUUGCUAACGUGUUUCACAUCUCUCUCUUUAAAUCCACACUCUCCUGUGUGUGUGUUUGUGUGUGUGUGUUUGUAAGCAUGACGUCUUCGUAUUGCCUUUUCGCUGAUGUCCUGGAGCGCUUGUGAUUGACCAUACCAACACACGGUAGACAUCCAGAUCAUGCUUCUUGUAGGUUUUACAAAACGUAUAAAUGUAAGCUGCUUAUAUUGAUGAAGUAAACACAUGCAUGGGAAAGGUCCAACAGAACUAAUAUCCCAACUAUGCUGCUACACGAUCAAAUCCUUCAGGUUUUACAAAGGUAGUGAGGGGAACUAGACAACAGAACAUGGGUAAACCCAAAAGAGGCCUAACGAGCUCACAGUAAUGUACAUUUCAGUCAUUCAAUUGUAUUACACUAAAGUUGGUGGUAUCUCAGCCAGAGAGGUAAGCUAAAAAGAUUUGAAACAGUGUGCUCUCUGCUGAGCGUUAUAACCAUAUUGUAUUGGCAUCAUGUUUUUGUCACAGAUUGAUUUCAUGUUUCCUCACACUUUAGGAACCAUGGAAAUAAUAUGACCUGGGUGCCAAAGAGUUAAAAAUCAGACAGUGGCAAAUCUCUAUGGUGCAAAUGUAAGUAAAGUUCUGUUCAACAGUGAGCGGAUUGAGCUCAUAGAUCUCAACAGUCUUCUCAUGGGGACUGGCUGAACGAUAAACACAUUUGUUAAUUUACCUCGACAGCUGAGCGCUAUUGGAAGUAGCAAUUUCAUGCCAAGAUACCAUAUUUUAUCUUGAAUUUGAGUGAAAGGACAAAUCUCGCAUCCAAACCCCUGAGAGGACAUGUCCUUUAACCCUGACUAACAUAGAGGUUAAGGAAACAUGGUAAAUACCUAUUUGGGUAUGUUCAACCAUAAUUACGAUAGUUUUCAGCAUUGUAGGAGGAGCUGUUUUCACACAGCAGCUAAACGUAGCGACCAGCCUUUUUUCAGGAAUUUUGCCUCCAGAUUUUGAAAUCACCAAACGUUAAAAAGGAAGGCACUUUAAUUAAGAAAUGUGUGUGUGUGUGUGUGGUGGUAACAGGAUCGUCUGGGCACCCCGGCCUAGACGCCUUUUGAAAGGGAUUUUGAUAAAUCUUUUAUGACUGUGUGUGUUUGUGUAUACAUAAACACACAUAUGGCGUAUAUAUAUAUAUAUAUAUAUACACACACAAAUAGACAAACAAAAAUCACUACUCCUAUUGGCCAUUUGUUGAUACUGCUAUUAUGGAGGGAAACAAACCAGAAACGCUGCAUUGUUCUGUGAAAGUGUAUAUACAAAGUGUUCUGUUGAGGAAAGUGUGAUCUUGUUGUGAUCUUUGAAUCUAGUAUUACAUAUGGUGUUGUACAGUAUUUAUUUUUCUGCUCUUUUUUUUUUUAAGUUCGCUGAAGCUUUGAAAUGUCUCUAUACUCGGUGCACUAGUCUGACGGAGAAACGAAGGCAGCCACUAUCAAAGGGAAACCACUUGCCACAUAUCACUUAAUACAACAACAUAAAGCGUCUUUUCCGUUCUACUUUGUACUGCAGUGCUUUAUGGAUGUGUUGUUUCUAUUAUGCUGAAGAAAUAAAUAAAGCCCUUGCAUUCAUCAUCUGA